UCAAUACAGCAGAUGCAGAGAGGGGAGUGUAUGUAAGAGGGCGAAGAAGAGGAGGAGGGGGAAGGGGAGCACCAGAUUGUACCUCUGAGAGGGGAGCAUCUGUCACUCUCCAUCUUGCUCUCAGUUCUAGCCCAGCCCUGCUGAGGAGUGGAGAUCUCCCAGCCCUAGUUCUGCCGCAUCUCUCACUCCAAGACCCAAAUACAAGAAUCAAACAUGGGAGCAAAAUUUAGUAAAAAGAAAAAGUCAUAUUGUCUUGGUGCUGGUAAAGAUGGAGAGUCAACUGAAACAACUGAAGUGGAACAAAAAGAAACAGAGACUCAAAGUGGGCAAAAAGAUGCAGUUGUACCGAAGGAAGAAACACCUCAGCCUGAUAAAACUGUGGCCAACGGUACAAGUGAGGAACAAAAUCCUCAGGCGGAAAAGCAAUUAGAUCUUGAAACAAAACCAGAUGAACCCACCAAAGAUGAUCAAAAUGCAGGCCCCGUAUCAGAAAACAAUCUAGAAUCAAAUAAAGCCGAAACUGAUGAAACGCCUCAAGAAAAAGCAGAAAGCAAUUGCUUAAGUGCAGUUCAGGAACAGUCAAGUGAAGUGGCAAAAGGGGACAGUAGUAGCAAGGCGCAAACAGCACCACCAUCUCAGGAGCCAGAGAAAACUGGAGAGGAGCAGCUGAACAAGGAUUUGGUUUCGUCCAGUGAUCCUCCAUGUGCUGCUGUAGCAGAGCCAGAAGUGAUACAAAGCGUUAGUGUAGAGCAGCAGGUGACUGUGCAGCAAGUUGACCACUUACAAGAAGCUACAGUGAAGGAGGCAGCUGAGGAACUUCCUCCUGCAUCAAAACUAGCUGCUGAAGAAGAAAACCAACUGGUCACUGAACAUUCCAUGUCUGAGAAUUAUGUUCCCUUGCCUGAAGUGGUUCCUGAAGUUGUAUCAAACUCUGAAGUAGAUAACAAGGAAAAGGAUACUACACCUGUAUUUAUGCCAGAGUCUUCCACAAAGCAGAUUGCUGCAAAUGUACCAGAGAUCCGCAUAUCAGUGGAAGAGCCAAAACAGUCUUUUGAAGAUCAAGGGCCAUUACCUGAGACUGACAUUCCAGAGCCUGUGCAGACUCCUCAGCUAACAGAAGAGGUAGAAGAGCCAGAUGAGGUGCCUGUGUUGGCUGCUUCUGAACCUGCAGCUGAGCAGUUAGUGCCUUUAGCAGACACAGUAAGUUCAGAAACAGAGUCUCUAGGGCAUCCACAGGUACAUAUGCCUUUAACCACAGUGCCAGCACAUGAGAAAGAUGCUGAAUCAGCUCCCCAGGAGUUAAAGUCUGUGGCAGAACCAGAAGAUCACAUAGCUGAGGCAGUAACAUCCGAAGCACCACAGCAGUCUAAAUCAGAGACUGAAGUGUGUGAGAAAGAAACCAAGCAAGAUGCCCAAGAGGAUGAUCAACAAGCAAAAACAUCUGAAGUGCCUGAGCAACCUGCUCAUGAUGAGAAAAAUAAUGCAAACCAGGAAUCCACAACUUUUGACAAUAAGGAAGAAGCCUUAUGUCCUGAGUCAUCUGAUGUUGUAUCUAAUGAGCAGCCAAAGUUGACCUCACCAGAGCAACAAAUUUGCACAGAGAUUGCAAGCGAAGUAACCCCUUUGCAAAAUUUACAGGACUGUGCAGCCGAGCUCUCAGUCCCUUUGGAGCCUAAUGCCAAUGAUCUAGAAUCCGAAGACCAAAGCUCUGACAAACAUUCAUUAGAGCAGGAGAAAAGUGUGGAGGAAGAGAGCAAGGCAGUGGUAGAUGUUGUUCAGGAAACCCUAAAUCAAGAACAAAGAGAUAGCAAUCAUAUUUCCUCAAGUCCAGUGGAUAAACAAGAUAUUAGUGGUUCAGCUCCCCAGCCCCUCACAGAAGAUACAAUAGAAAACCAUGCAACACUAGCUGAAGAAUCUGUACAUGAGAAAAUUCUUGCUGAUGUUCAGAUAGUAGACAAGCAUGUGACCCUUAAUGGCCUGCCAAGCAAAGAGGAAAUUAAGGUGAAAGAAAAUGUAGAAAAUGGUUCUAACCAUUCUAUUAGUGAUCUAAACGGGCAGAAUGAAAACCAUGAAAUUGAAGUGUGUAAUGAAUAAGCGCAUGUGGGUUUUGUGUUUUUCCCCUUUAUCAAAGGUGGAAGAAGCCAAAAUUUCCCUGUUUUGAUGCACUGUAUACAUUCUCAGUGACCAAAUGCCUCAUACAAAUGUAAACACUUGCAAGGCAAAGAGCCUCAUGCAGUGUGAUUUCCAGAAUAAAAGUCCUAUUUAUAUUAAUGUUUUCUAACUUUUCACUGAACAGAACAAUUCUUAAUUUGUUUUCCAUAAAAUGUCUCCUGUUUUAAAGAAGCUCCAAGAACAAUUAGCAUCAACAUUGGCAAGGUACAUUGAGUUUAAAGCCCCAAUGUUCAGAUUCAAUUGUCUUUAAAGCAUGAAACUACACAAUGUUUUCCAAAAAUAAACAAAAAUCAUAUUUACCCCC